AUGGACACAGGAACAAAGGCUCCGUACCCCUCAUCACGUCCCAAUACACCAUCUGGGAUAGAGCCUUUAGAAGGCUCUUCGUCUAUGCAGUUCUCAGCGUCACAGCCAGUGCAGUUAUCACCACCCUCCUCUGCUCUCACACGGCCAACUAUAGAUGAUAUUGGACCACAAUAUCAUCCAGAGGCCGCCGUGGAGAACAAUUUCGGCAGAACCCAACCGCUGGCAUACUCGUACAACACCUUCAUGGAUGAUAUGCAGUCUAGUGAACAGCACUCUAUCGAUAUGCCCGACCACAAUGAGUACGUUGAGCCAAUCAUGAACAGGGAAAGAAGAGACUAUGGCUUUGUACGAUCACCGCCAUACCCCUUGCACGGUCACGAUGUGAACGAACAUCCCAAGAGCACUACGCAUGGUAAUAAUAGUGGCCUGAUCCGUCAGCCAACGGCAGAAGAUUUCCUUCGACCCGAUCAUCCACUCCCUGCACCGCCGGCUGAAGAGUACGACUCGGACCAAGAUCUUCCAGUCAUUGAGCCAGACUCAUAUCUUCCCGAAAGCUCCAACCAUACUCAUCUCGGCGAUCUCUCUCAGCAACCAGUAGCCGCCCCAAAACGACACUCCACAACUGCUGCUGCCGCCAAAACUACACGUAUAUCAGAAGAGAAAUCGAAGCACAAACGCCCGCAGUCCGAGAUCAUCACACCUUCAAACGCAUCAGCGCUUGAACACAAAUCUGCAGUGUCAGAGCAUCACAGUACACCUGUACGUGUGCCGACUAUCAGCAGUGACAUGUACCAGCCGGCUCUAGGUGGUUUGCAGCGAGUAUCAGGUGUGCAGCGUAAGGAUUCAAAGCGCAAUCGCGUUAAGCGUUUUGCAAAGAACUUGAAUCCUUUUCGUCACGAACGAAAGUUUGGGCGUCCGGAGAAUUAA